GCUCGGAGGGAAAGUAUCGCGAGAGCGGCCGGCUAACAACCUGCUCCACAACACCGCUGGCCCCGCGCCGCACCCGCGGAGCGCUGCGCACAUGCGGACGCUGAGCCCCACCGUCGCACGCCGGUUAUGAAGGAAGAAUGGAGUUUCCAGACCAUAGCCGCCAGUUGCUGCAGUGUCUGAGUCAGCAGCGUCACCAGGGCUUCCUGUGUGACUGUACUGUUUUAGUUGGAGAAGCUCAAUUCAGAGCUCACAGAGCCGUUCUUGCCUCUUGCAGUAUGUACUUCCAUCUUUUCUACAGGGACCAGUUAGACAAAAGGGAUAUUGUGCAUCUGAACAGUGACAUUGUCACAGCCCCAGCCUUCAGCCUGCUGCUCGAAUUCAUGUACGAGGGAAAGCUGGAAUUCAACAGUCUCCCGGUGGAAGAUGUGCUGGCUGCAGCUAGCUACCUUCACAUGUAUGACAUUGUGAAAGUCUGCAAGGGCAAGUUGAAAGAUAAAGAAUUAUGUUCGGAAGAGAAGAUCAAUGAUGAAGCGGCUGGUUUGGAGAAAGUGGAGCAUUUUCUAGAUGCUGGAGUGCCCCUAGUCCACGAGUUUGACCCAGGAAACAAACAAAAAUUCAGCGUUGCAGAAUAUGAGAGAGCAGCAGGCAAAGAAAAGGUCAGCAGUCACCCCGCCUGGUCCUCUGAUCAUAUAAGUGUCAGCUCUGUGCCGACAGAGGCAGAACCGUGCGCCACAGCAGCUGGAAAAACAAAGGCUAAUGUCAAUAGUUCCACAGGACCUUUGUCCCAAAGGUCUGUUAACUAUCCCCUGGCUUCGAGUGAUGUGGACUGCGCGCUGGAUUUGUCUUUCAAGCCUGUGCUGGGGAGAGAUUCCUUACACCCCUCCUAUGUCUUUGGACAGCUGGCUUCCGACAGCCAGCAGCAGGGUACCGAGCCACUUGUUAAAGAUGAACAAGACUUGCUGUCAGAUCAGGAGGAUGGCGAAGCCAGGAGUCCGGAGAGUCAGCAUUUUGGGAAUUCAGCCAAAAGCCUAGUGACAGGGUUAGGACACAUGUUCGCGGGGAAUGGCAGCUCUCAUGCCCGAGAGGAUGAUAUAGAUCAAGAGCGAGAUGAGAGUGAGGAUGACAUGGAUUCGGCGGACAUCUCUGCAGGUGUCCUUGUGCCUGCGGGGCAUAUCUGCAUUUGCCCCCUCUGUAGCAAGGUGUUCCCGAGCCCGCACAUCCUUCAGCUGCACCUGAGCUCUCACUUCCGCGACAAGGACGGCUCCCGGACCCGCCUGUCCCCCGAUGGGUCGGUCCCCACUUGUACCCUCUGUGGAAAGACUUUUUCUUGCAUGUACACGUUAAAGAGGCACGAGAGGACUCACUCAGGGGAGAAGCCCUACACCUGCGGCCAGUGCGGAAAGAGCUUCCAGUAUUCCCACAACCUCAGCCGCCACGCAGUUGUGCACACCAGGGAGAAACCCCAUGGGUGCAAGUGGUGCGAGAGACGGUUCACGCAGUCUGGGGAUCUGUACAGACAUAUCCGCAAAUUUCAUUGUGGCCUUGUAAAGUCCUUGGUGGUUUGAGACACGGGAUCCUUCUUUUUUUUUUUUUUUUUUUGUAAUUUCUUUUUUUAACUUUUGGUUAUGUCGUUAUUCCCCCAACCCCUUUUAAACAAAACAGGAAAAAAAAGGCAGCAUCUGAAUUAUCCCUCCCCCCCUUAUUUUAUUUUGGUGAUAUUCACUUCAGGUAUAUUAUCUUUAAAAGAUGCAGAGGUAUACACUCCAGCGGCCUUUUAAUGCAAUCCUUCCACCUCUCCAUCCCUUCCCCUGCCACCCUCCCUUCCCAGCACUGUCCUUUAGGUUUUCUCUUGCGCGCACCCAUGUUACAUUAUUAAUGUGAAAUGACCUAAGUAAUUCUGGAAUGAUUUAGCAUCUGUUUUCACACUGGGAGUACUCACUUUGUGGUCAGGGUUUUUGUUUGCUUGUUUGUUUUCUUGGGUUUUUUUAAAUUUAGUUUAAAGAAAGAUGAUCAGCAAAUUCCGGAGAAAAAUUUGGAUUCCAUUAAGCUCUCCUAAUGCUCUCUGCGUGUUGCAUAGAAACAUCCAAAGAGAUGAACUAUGAUUUAAAUACAUUUCAGUGUAGAGAAACUUGUCUGCAUAUCGCAGAGUAAGUAGGUGUACUCUUAUUUUAUAGAGCUAGACAAUAUGUUAAAUUGGCCCAAAUUAUAAAAGGGGGUUGAGGAUUCUUGGCUGCAUCUUUGGUACUGGUCAUUUUUAUUCUCUUUGUUACAGUAGAAUAGUUCUGCAUUGCUCCUGAAGUCUGAAUGCGAAGGUUUUGCCUUGGGACUUGACUGAAAUUUCUUCUCCCCACCCAUCCUCCUCCUCCCUGGGCUGACCUACUGAAAAGCUGCUUUUGAAUAUAGAAUGUGAAUGGAAAAAUCCUUUCUGUCUGCAGCAUAUUCACUCCUGAAAUGUAGAAGGAUGCACACUAGGACAUAAGAAAAAUCAUAUAGUAUGUGAAUAUUACCAUUCCCAUAUCAAUACCCAGGCGCUCAUCCCGUUUCCCCUAAGGGAGACAGCAGCCCUACAGCAGUUAAAUAACUCCUCUCACUACGGGACGCCUGGGGUUUUGUAGUAAAAGGUAACUCAUACUAUGUGUGUUAGAAGGUGCCGUGCUGUCUUGUCCGGGGAGUUUGCUGCUAUACUAACAUCAGCAGCUUGAAAUUGUAUUUUAUUUUAUUUUUUUAUGAAGUUGGUGAUUUCCUCUGCACCAAAUUCUGUGCAAUUGCCGGUGUUUCGAAGGGACACUGAAGAUAAACCGCUGGAGCGAAGACAUGGCCCAGCAUUUUCCCUCAUGUCCCAUCUUUUCAGGGGAGAUUUUGGGGGUAUUUUCAGGUGUUGGGUUUUGGUUUGUUUGAGGUUUUUUUCCAGUUUUGUUUGUAAACUGAGGCUGCUUCUAACUAUAACCAGUUUUAGUCUAAAUAACUGAAUUACUUGCCUAAUAGAGCAUCCUUUGGUCUGUGCAUGUUGGUAAAUACCAGAUUAUUCCCUUCCAGUCAAAUUACGCGUUCAAGGUACAUGUACAUGGGACUGAAAAAUAGUAAUAAUAAUAGUAUCUGAGGUUUUGAAUGUCGUUCUGCUGUGUUAGCAUUGCCUCACCAGCUUUCCUGACACUCCUGAGGUUCUUUUGUGAAACUUAAGCAUUUGUUUUAAUAUUAAUUUGAAGCACUGAGAUAGGUUAAUUAAAAAAGUUGUGCUUAAAAUACUGUAUUUCAUCUUAUGAAGAAGAAACUCCCCAAUGCCUUCCCCCUCUGGUCCAUAAAGUGAGCACUACCUACAUAAAUAAUAUGGGAUGUAUUUUUUAAUUUUAAAUAAGUACUUCCUCUCUUAAAGAAAAUCAGGAUAUACUUGUUACAGCCUCCUCUUGUUAUUCAUCUCUUAAAAUAUGAAUGUACAUGUAAUGUGAAAUUUUGCUUCUAUUUAUAGAUUUUGGGGUUUCAUUCUAAUUUCUUAACUGUAAAAUAUUUUUGCUGAACCUGUUACAUAUGAAAGUUGUGGGAGAGUACUGUAUCUUGAGCAUAAGUGGCUUUGGUACUGUGGUCUUAUUCUACUUAAUCAGUUUUUUCUUUUUUUAUUCUUUUUUGCUGUGAUUGGAAAUAGCACUGAACAAAAUCUACUAAAAUUAAGUUAUUUUUCUUUCUACUAAAAUUAAGUUAUUUUUUUUCUCCUGAAAAUACUUGAUAUAGUAUUUAUUAGAUUUUUGUUGUUGGUGGUUGUUUUUUUUUUUUUUUGAAGUGGGAUUAUUACUGUUAAUCUAUUUCAAAACUAGUUAAUUUACACUUCACUUUAAAUUUUGUAACGAUGGGUUUUGCAUGUUGAACAACAUGUAAUAAGUUUAAUGUAGAGUCAGCAUUACUGAAGCUGGUAAUCUUAAUUUUGCAUUCUUGUUUUGCAUUUCAGUCUUCAAUUACUGUUUUUUUUAUUUUUUUAUUAUUUUUUUUAGAAGAUCAUAAAAUAGGAUGUGCCAUAAGAACAUAAUUAGCAUAUGGAGCAGGAAAAAGUUGAAAUGAGUUUGUGUCUGAUCUUAGUAUAGAAGUAAUUCUUUAAAACUGAUGCUAUGAGCAUGCUCUGUACUGCAGCGAAUAUGGGGCAAAAGUUGUGGGUUUGUUUUUUUUUAAAGGAAAAAAAAGACUUUCUCGUUCUUGACUACAUCAUGGACACACUGUUCUCAUAGUCUGGUAUUUGUGUUCCCACUCCUCAUAGCUUGAAUUUCUAAAGUAAAAGAAUGUUUGCACUUAUUUUUGUUCUUAAGGUGACUUUUUUGGCUAUCUCUCUGUGUGUCUCUCUUAUUUUUAAGUUGCAAUAGCUCGGAGCAUGUUUUCAAAAUGGUUCAUGAGUCUACAGAGAAGUGCUGAAAACAUGGCACACUUACACUUGUCUCUUCAUGAACUGUUUCACUGUGGGGCAGUUACUGUCUCUGUAGAGAACAGUCCUGCUCUGCAUUUUAAACACUGGAUUUGACUUCUACUACAAACAAAUACUGUGAAGUUAAUGUAAAAAAAAUCAUUGAUAUUUUUAAUUGUUUUUAAUCUCGGUGCAGUUCAGAUUAAAUAUGUAUAUUUAAAUACACUAAUUUUUGUGGGAGAGUUUUAUAGUAUACAGUAUGUAGAAAAGCUAUUGGAAUGGAAUAUAUUUUAUAAAAGCAUUCUAUCACUGUUUUAUAGUGAACUAUUUUUUCCUCAGUGUUAGCGUAAUACUGUUAGUCUAGAUACGACAAUCGCAGGAAGAGUGAUUCAGGCUACUGUUAGCGCUUAGUUUUGCGUGGAGUUCUGUUUGCAACUGUAUUGGUAUGUGCUGUACAAUGUGACAAUCGUGACUAGGAUUGUUGUCUUUAUAAAUUUACACAAAAUAAAACGUGCUUGAGUUGUAA